UCAUUUCCCUUUUAUCUCAUCUUCUAUUAUGUACAAAUAGGCCUCCAACAAAAUCACAAAUUAAUAUAGCCACAAAUUCCUCAUUUUCAUUUCAUCGACUCCACCUUUGCACGCACACACAACCGAGCCUUCAUCUCUCUGUCGAAGAAAAGGUGAGGCAAAUAUGGCGCAAAAGAGGGAGAAAGAAGAAACGGAACUCAAAGUCCCCGAAAACUUGCCAAUAUGCACCCCGCCGCCGAUUUUAGGCACCGACAACGAGAAGCAAACGGCAUCGUUUACCAAUUCCUCGAGGUCGAUGGAGAGUUCAGAUCCGAAACUUCCCAGCGACGAUGAUUCGAGAACCAGCUCAGCAACAUCGCUGGAGAGAACCGAUCUGGAAUCUGUUGCACAAAAAGUAGUUAAAGAAGUGGAGAAUCGUGUAGGAUUAAAGAGAUCCAGAGAAGUAACCCGGUGUUCCGGAUCCGGGUGCAGGAAGAAAAUUGGAUUAAUCGGAUUUCGAUGCCGAUGUGGAGAAGUUUUCUGUUCGGAGCACAGAUAUUCCGAUCGUCACGAUUGUAGCUACGAUUACAAAUCUGCUGGCCGGGAAGCCAUAGCCAGGGAAAAUCCGGUGGUUAGAGCCGCGAAAAUCCUGAAGGUUUGAAGGAAAAAAGGUGCUUAAAAGUUACUUCUCCAUAAGUUCACUUAAAAGUUACUUUUCUAUAAGUAACUUUAGCCAGACAUGCUGAUCCUUCUUGGAUUCUCUGAUAAUAUGCCUCGCUGUAUUGAGAAAUGUUGAGGGAGGUGUGACAUGGAAUUAUUGGAAAAAGGUGAGGGUAUUGUUGUCAUUUGAAUUAUUGUGAUGAUUGUAGUGAAAGUUGUUAUAAUUAAUUUUUUGUAAUAUUUUAAGGUGAUGGUGGAUUGAAUAAUUUAUUUGUGGUCAGUAUGGGGACACUUACCAUCAUUUGGGUUGUUGGGAA